GCCCAGGCUCAGGGCGAAGUCUUCGUCUUCAACUCAGCGCUGCUGAUGUCAGGGCUACUUGGUCCGAGCAUAGGUACCACCUGCGUUUAGACGUAGUGGCGCCUGCUACUUUUAAAGGCUGCCUCUUAUCCGAGUUCAUCCUGAUUUUGGUAGUGUCGUGGAAGGGGCAUGGAACGCUGUGUGGUACGGACUCGUUAAAAGCAAGCGGGUAAUUGGAGCACCGGCGACGUUGGAGGGGCCGGGGGCCACGGAAUGCACGAUUUUGGGUUGCAGUGGCUGAUGCAUUGUAGUCGCAGGGCGACAGGGGCCCAAAGGGAUACGAGGAUAGUAGAGUAGAGAAUGAUUCCUUGGGGAAUGAAUGCACGCACGAGAAGCAUUCUUUCUGCUCGAUAAAACUUGAUUUGGGAGGUCGAACGUCUGUUGUUUACUGAUUAGUUUGUCAACCCAUGGGCCUUUCACCAGGAGGGUAAUCAGCCUGCGCUCCAGGAUUAGAGUAGGACCAAUUACAGACGGAAAUGAAUGGAAGCAAUGAAGCGGGGGUUGCAUCUCUCUCAGGAGGAUCGGCACCCCCUCCCCCUUUGGAAUGGAAGUUUGGGCAGGUUUUUGGUGAGCGGGCUGCAGGGGAGGAAGUGCAGGAAGUUGACAUCAUCUCGGCAAUUGAAUUCGACAAGAGUGGAGACCACUUAGCGACGGGGGAUAGAGGGGGUCGAGUGGUCUUGUUCGAAAGGGUGGAUGGAGGAAAGGGGGUCCAGCAUCGGAAAGAAGCUGAAAAGACAGACUUGCCUCCUUCGCGGCACAUUGAGUACCGGUACUCGACGGAAUUUCAGAGCCACGAACCUGAGUUCGAUUACCUCAAGAGUUUGGAAAUCGAAGAGAAGAUCAACAAGAUUCGCUGGUGCCCCACCGCCAACGGCUCCCGCUUCCUCCUCUCAACCAACGACAAGACCGUCAAGCUUUGGAAGGUGUUUGAGAAGAAGGUCAAGUGCGUGUCCAACUUCAAUUUCGAGCCUCGUAAUGGGGGGGUCAGCAGCGCAGGGGCCAGCCCGGCAGCUUCCCCCGGGCGCACGGGGAUGGGGUCCCCGGCCCAUAGGAAAGCCGCGCCGGCAGUCAAGGACGACUGGGUGUUUCCUCCGGGGGGGAUCCCUCAACUCCGACUGCCAACGGUUUGGAGCAAUGAAGCGGUGCUCAUGGCUCGCUGCCGGAGGGUGUUCGCAAACGCGCACGCCUACCACAUAAACUCAAUCUCAAACAACAGCGAUGGAGAGACGUACAUCUCCGCGGACGACCUCCGAAUAAACCUCUGGAACCUGGAGGUCUCUGACCAAAGUUUCAACAUUGUAGAUAUCAAGCCCACUAACAUGGAGGACCUUACAGAGGUGAUUACGUCAGCCGAGUUCCACCCGAGCCACUGCAACGUGCUCGCCUACAGUAGCAGCAAGGGCGCCAUCCGGCUAGCGGACAUGCGCUCAGCAGCGCUCUGUGACAAACAUGCGAAACAGUUCGAGGAGCAGGAAGCCCCUGGCAGCCGGUCCUUCUUCUCAGAGAUCAUCGCAUCCAUCUCAGACAUCAAGUUCUGCCGCGAUGGCCGCUACAUCCUGGCCCGGGACUACAUGACGCUCAAGCUUUGGGACGUGAAUAUGGAGUCCGCGCCCGUUGCGUCGUUCAAGGUGCACGAGCACCUGCGGUCGAAGCUGUGCGACCUGUACGAGAACGACUCCAUCUUCGACAAGUUUGAGUGCACCCUGAGCGGGGAUGGCAGCCGCGUGGCUACCGGCUCCUACAGCAACCUGUUCCGCGUGUUUGGUGCUGCGCCCGGCAGCGAGGAGGCGAGCACCCUGGAAGCGACCAAGACGCCCAACCGGAGACGGGCGCAACAAAACGCGCCCGCGCGGUCGGGCAGCCGGCUGGCGAACUUGGCCCGGGGCCGACGGGACGCACGGAGAGGCGAAACCGGGUCUCCAGAAAACCCCACAGGCACAAACGACUUCACUUCCAAGUUGCUGCACCUGGCGUGGCAUCCGAGCGCCAACUUGAUUGCCUGUGCAGCCUCGAAUAGUCUUUACAUGUAUUAUGCUUGACCGGGUAGGUAGGAAACACAUGGCGUCUUCACGACGAGGCGCCGACUAGGUGUUUGGGACAUUGGUUGAAGUGAGCGACGGUAGGUCGGGCGCAAGCGGUAAGUCAAGCGGUGGAAACGAGCGGUAAUCGAGUGUUUGGUUCCGGACUCGCACCCUACUCAUGAAACAAAAGGUACAGUGGCAAACAGUGUCUUCCUCCUCGUUUGACUGAAUGGAUCAUCUGUAAUGUCGACUGACAGC